AUGUCGUUCCUUCGCCUGACUCUGCUGGUCUGUCUGGUGGUGCUCGCGGUGGUGACGUCCGCCGUCGUCGGAGUUGUGGUCGAGAGCGACUGGUGCGACGACGUUCAGGCCGUGCACGUCCCCGUCGCCAUCUCCAAGGGCUCGCCCAUCACCACCGGCAACGGCACCGCGUGGACCGACGCCGGCGCCAGCGUGUGCACCCCGGUCACCUCGAUCGACAGCGUCUGGCUCAGCUACUUCACCUUCAACCCCGACGGCCCCGGCACUGUCAAG